AUGAUGAAGUCAACUGAGUGGGAGCGAGUACAGACCGACCGGACAGAGCACGCGUAUGCAUCAGCUCAAGAGUUCAAAGAGGCGCUUGAAGCUAUAAGGAGAAACACCGGGGCGGAGCGUAGCAAACCGCAGAGGACGUUAGAAGCCGAAAUGCCGAGAUCUCAAGAAGAGAUCGAGCGGGAACUGAUCGACGAAGUCUCAAUACCAGAGCCAUGGGAGUUGAAUAACACAGCGCGGUCCGAAAUCGAAUUGUUGUUCUUCAACCGUGUGCCGAAGGUUGGCAGUCAGACGUUCAUGGAACUGCUCCGAAGACUGGCAAUACGAAAUCAGUUUGGUUUCCACCGGGACGCUGUGCAGCGAGUAGAGACAAUACGCCUGGCACCGGCCGACCAGCAAAUACUUGUGAGUUUGGUAUCGGCGCAUCCACCACCCGCCUCCUACAUCAAACACGUCUGCUACACGAACUUCACAAGGUUUGGUUAUCCGUCGCCGAUAUACGUGAACGUGGUGCGUGAUCCAGUGGAACGUGUCAUCUCCUGGUAUUACUACGUCAGGGCUCCGUGGUACUACGUGGAGAGGAAGAGGGCAUUCCCAGACCUGCCCCUCCCGGAUCCCGCGUGGCUGAAGAAGGAUUUCGAGACUUGUGUGCUGAGCGGUGACCGCGAGUGCCGCUACGUCGAAGGCGAAACGCAUGAGGGCAUUGGCGAUCACCGCAGACAGACCCUCUUCUUCUGUGGACACGAGCCCCAAUGCACACCGUUCAACAGUAACGAGGCCCUGCAACGAGCUAAGCGCGUGGUUGAAGAGCAAUACGCGGUGGUUGGUGUGCUGGAAGACAUGAACGCCACACUACUGGCCUUCGAGCGGUACAUUCCGCGAUUCUUCCAGGGCGCCCUGCGACUGUACUGGGAAGAGCUGAACACGUUUAACCGAAUCAAUCGGAACGCCUUCAAGCCUCCGGUGUCCGAAGCGGUUAAGCAAAUCGUCCGGGCGAACUUCACGAGAGAAAUAGAGUUCUACGAGUUUUGCAAACAGCGACUCUACACGCAGUUACGGGCACUAAGAGAUCCUAGUAUUGCUCUGCCGCUCCUCACGACGACCACGAGGAAAUCGGUGCAAACGGAACUCCACGACAAUUAUUUGCGAACA